AUGCCAUCUGGUGGGGGCACCCAUCAGCCAUUGCCCACCAGUGAGGAGACUGCGAAGGCACACGAGGCGAAACUCCAUUUGGAUGAGCAGGUUGAGCAUGACGAGAAUGGUGAACGAGGGCAAUGGUCAGGUCAAUUCGAUUUCUUGAUGAGUAUGGUCGCGUACGCUGUGGGACUUGGCAAUGUUUGGCGUUUCCCGUACUUGUGCUACAAGAAUGGCGGUGGAUCUUUCCUCGUCGCCUACUCGUUUUUCUUCCUCCUUGCUGCGGUGCCGAUUUUCAUCAUGGAGGUGUCAAUCGGUCAAUACCUUCAACGGGGUGCUAUGGAAAUGUGGAAUAUGUGUCCGAUUUUUAAGGGUGUGGGCAUUGGAAAUGUGGUGAUCUCGUUCAUGUGUAUCGCGUAUUUUUGUGUGAUUUGCGCAUGGGCUAUGUACUACAUGAUCGCCUCAUUCAACUCGACUUUCCCCUGGGAAACGUGCACGAAUUGGUGGAAUGAUGCCAAAUGUGUGACGGGCAAAGAGCAUGAGUCAGUGCUGAAGACGAUCACCAAGAAUCUCACCGCACACAAUUUAUCGACACAGACCUCUGUCGAGCAGUACUGGGAACGUCGGGUCUUGAUGCAAACGGAAACCAUUUACGAGUUUGGCGGCAUUCAAUGGGAACUCUUUGGUUUAAUGGCUCUCUCGUGGGUGAUUGUCUAUUUCGCAUUGUGGAAAGGGAUCACAAACGCGCGAAAGUUCGUCUACUUUUGUGCACUGUUUCCCUAUUUCAUCAUCAUCGUGCUCCUCCUCCGUGGCUUGACUCUUCCCGGCGCCGGUACAGGCAUCUACUAUUAUCUAACACCGAAUGUGACAAAAUUGAUGGAAACAACUGUCUGGAAAGAUGCAGGCACCCAGGUCUUCUACUCAUACGGCGUUGGGUUCGGGACUCUGAUCGCACUCGGCUCACACAACAAGUUCAAUCACAAUUGUUUCAGAGACGCAAUUGCGAUGUGUUUCAUCAACGGUGGUACUUCAAUUCUGGCUUCGUUCGCCAUUUUUGGCAUUCUCGGCUUUAUGAGUGUCACCUCGGGCAAACCGAUUGAUCAAAUCGUGAAACCCGGUGUCGGCUUGGCUUUUCUCGCGUAUCCGGAGGUGGCGACAAAUUUGCCAAUGAAACAGCUAUGGGCUUUCCUCUUUUUCCUCAUGAUCACCAUUCUUGGGUUGGAUAGUCAGGUUUGCAUGAUGGAGGGUUUAUACACGGCGCUUGAAGACGCUUUCCCCACACAUUUACGAAAGCAUAAACGAGUGGCACUCGGCUUGAUGUGUCUUCUCUUUUUCAUUCUCGGUAUACCGAUGGUUUCCUAUGCUGGUGCUCAUUGGUUGACUCUUGUCGAUGCGUACGGUGCUUCCGGAUAUGCUCUGCUUUUCGUCGUUUUCUUCGAGGUCGUCGGUUUAUCAUGGGGCUUCGGCGCUGAACGGGUGAUGUCGGCGAUGAAAGAGAUGGUAGGCUUUCGGCCACCGAUUGUCUUCAAGCUUCUCUGGAAAUACUUGUCUCCAUUGACGGCUUUCUUUCUUUUCUGGUUCUGCAUCUACUACUAUGAGCCAGUAAAGGAUCCAAAUAAACAAGACUAUCCCUGGUGGUCGAAUGUUUUCGGUUUCUUCUUGUCUUCUUGUUCGAUGGUGGUCAUUCCGGGGUACGCGAUCUACUACUUAGCCACUCAAAAUCGACAUCUCAGCCUAAAAGAGCGUUUCCUGAAAGCCAUCCGUGUGCCUGACAAUAUUCACACCGGAGCCACAAGACGAGCCGCUGAGCUUAAAGUUCUACAACAC